AUGAAAAGGCUGAAAAUAGAAAGAGAGGAAGCUUGGAAGUGGCUCCAUCCAAAAUUAGCUGAACAUUGGGGUCGAUCACACUUCAAACAACAUUAUAAGUGUGAAAUUUUGCUAAACAACUUGUGUGAAGCUUUCAAUGCCUCCAUCUUGAAGGCAAGGGGUAAACCAAUUCUUGGAAUGCUUGAGGCUAUAAGGACUAAUCUCAUGGUGAGGAUGGAAAACAUGAGGGUUGCUGCUUGGAAGUGGAAAAGGUCAGUUAGUCCAAGGAUUGAGAAAAUUGUUGAGAAAAAUAAGCUUGAGGCUGGAUAUUGCAAUCCAAUAUUAUCUGGGGAUAUAAAGUAUGAAGUGACAAACAUGCAUGGAGGACAAUAUGUUGUGGAUCUAGGAACAAAAUCAUGUUUUUGUGGGAGAUGGCAACUUUGUGGAAUACCAUGUCCUCAUGCAAUUUGUUGCAUUUUUAGAAGAAAGCAAGACCCUUAUGACUAUGUACAUGACUACUACAAGAAGGAUGCUUAUCUCAAGUGUUAUAACCCUAUUAUAUCACCAAUGCCUAGCAUGGAUCAAGUGGACAACAUAUGGUCCUCACCCUUUGCUACCUCUUGUGUUUAA